GAGGAAAUCAAAGUUAUUGUUGUAAUCGAUAAUGUUGAAGCUUUAGUAAAAUUGAAUGACCAAAACAAAUUAAAUGAGGUACGAAAAAUACUUGAAAGCUAUGAAGUGAUAAAAAUGACAAAUGAUGUUAAUUUCACAAAGGAUG